AUGGCUGAGUAUUCAACAGAAGUGGAUAGAAUCAACCUUACAUUUGUACAGUGGUAUGACAAUAAAGAAGUCAACCUGCUUUCGACAUACGUGGUUACAGAGCCCAAAAUUAUAGUCAAGCGAUGGUUUUCGGCUGAGAAAACUAGGAAGGAAAUUGACUGCCCACAGAUUAUCUCCACUUACAACCAGCAUAUUGGUAGUGUUGAUUUGCUGGAUAGUCUGAUGGGACUUUAUCGUAUCACUAUCCGCUCAAAAAAAUGGUAUCAUAGGUUAUUUUUUCAUUAUUUGGACAUGGCUGUGGUGAAUGCAUGGCUAUGGUACAGGCGUGCCCAUUCGCAAAAAAGCAGCUCAUCACAAACACUUAGAUUGGAAGAGUUCAAAGCUGAAAUCGCAGAAGGUUUAUGCAAAGCAGGAAAAGGAGCAAGCAAAAAGAGAACUGCAGGUCGUCCAAGUUUGGACAGUCAAAUAAAGAAGGCACGACAUCGGCAGUCUUUGCCCAUUGCUGAUGUUCGCACAGAUGACACGAGCCAUUGA